AUGCCGUUCCUCAAAAAUGGGUCUGAGACUCCUCCCGAUACUGAGGAAAGCUUGAAUGCAUUCGAAAAGCUCGUGCACGAUCUCAGUGCGGCUCUAGGCCCGAGCUCCGGUCUUGACUCAGAUGAUGUCGACCCGAAGAAUAUUGAACUUCUCAUGGAGAAAUAUGUAUCCAAGUAUGAAGAGUGGGAAUCUUGUGCCUUGGGCGAUGCCAGCAGAUCUUACACCCGAAACCUCAUUGAUGAGGGAAAUGGCAAGAGCAACCUUUUAAUCCUUGUCUGGAGUCCAGGAAAGGGCAGUGCAAUCCACGAUCAUGCCAAUGCACACUGCGUCAUGAAGAUUCUCAAAGGAAAGCUACAGGAAACAUUGUACUCAUGGCCUGAUCAAGAGAAGAUAGAGCACGGAGAGACAUCCCCACCUCAGAUUACCCGGCAGACUAUCUACGGGGAAAAUCAAGUUACUUACAUGUCCGACAAGGUUUGUCUUAUGCCCAAUAAACUUCAUCAGAGGUCAACGAUGCUGACUGGCAUGAAGCUUGGGCUUCAUAGAAUAUCAAACCCCGACCCGAACAACUUCGCAAUUUCGCUUCAUCUUUACACACCACCUAACGCAGCUAAGGAGGGCUUUUGUCUCUAUGAUGAGAAAACUGGCAAAGCAAAACAUAUCAAGCAAACCCACUUCUAUUCUGUGCGUGGGAAGCGUCUUGACUUUGGACAGUACUAG